AUGGAUUGGUUUGUAUCCGUGAAUAGUAGCAUCUCUUCCGACACUGAACCCACUCUUGUGGUGACGUUUGAGGAUGCAAAGUAUAUUUUCAAUGUAGGCGAGAACACCUCAAGAAAAUGGCUGCAGUCGCAGCGUCAUUGGCGAAAAGCGAAGGCUAUCUGGUUGACUUCUACGGGAACUCAGAGAGGAAGCGGCCUGUCGGGUCUAUUAAUGUUUUUGGCUGAUGCGGGUAUCGAGCGCUUAGACAUCGGUGGACCUCAGGGUUUGUUGCACUACCUCGCUUCCAUGAACAAGUAUCUUCACCGUGAAAAUAUUUCUGUGAAUCCCAUCGAGAUUGCGUCUUCGCCCUUGAUGCCUGUUCCAGUCGACCCGGCACCUAUCUACAAGGACACAAACAUUACUCUAUAUGGAGUUCCUUUCUACCCUCGUCCUUCCGACUUCGGUGCUCCAGAGACACCGAUUCCUGUGUCGGACUCUGCUACUGAGCAUCGCUGGUCUGAAGGUUCCAAAAGGAAGCGAUCUCUGUCACCGCCAUCGUCGUCGAAACGUCAUCUCGCUUCUGCAGCUAUGGGUACGACUUCGAUUUUGGAGAAGAUAACACUUCCUGGAUUCUCUCCCACAUUGCUGGGUGGAGAAGAGGCGCAAACCUGGCGUAAAAGUAUUAUUCGAAGAAUGUUUCAACUAGAAAAGCCCGAAGUAGCCUGUGCAGGGAGUAAAUCGCCCAAAAAGAUCAAUGGGAAGAAAGGGCAGGGUCAAAAUGCUACUGCUGAGGUCAACCCUCUAAGUAAUUCAUUUCAUUCGCCUCGGUUAAUACAAGCGGUGGAUGCGUCUAAGGGGAGACAACUUCCGUCCUUCUGUUAUGCUUCUGAUUCAGGGGUCACGCACUCUCCGAGGCCUGUUAUGGGCUAUGUCAUCGUUGGCCCACGCACCCGGGGCAAAUUCGACGUUGAGAAAGCGAACGCGUUAGGUCUUGGCAAUGGGCCCUUGAGAGGCAAACUCACGAAAGGCCAGACGGUAACCUUCGACACAAAAGACGAUUCCGGGAACAUGGUUACCCGUACAGUGAGACCCGAGGACUGCAUCGGACCAUCAGAGAUUCCCAAGGCGAUGAUAUUGCUGGAUAUACCAGAUCCGUCGUAUAUACCGUCUGUGAUGGCAUCUUUCACAGAAAGCCCCUUCUAUGCGAAGCUGCACUCAAAAUCACAGAAGGAUAUGGAAGAAUAUCUUGUACAUCUAGUAGUACACAUCUGCGGAGAUGGCGUUUUGGAGGACACGAAAUAUCAAGCAUUCAUGAAUGGAUUCUCAGAUGAGACUUUUCACCUCGUUGCCUCACAAGCAUAUUCACCGGACGAGAUCACGUUCAGGGGCGCUGCGUAUAACCAGCUGCGCUUAAACGUCCUUGAUCCUGGCAUGUUUCCAAAACUCCAGUCCCAACCAGAGCCCGAGCGCAGUCUAGCGUCUCUGACCGGUUUGCCUUCUAAAACUUCUCUGCUGCGUGCAGAUCAAAUUAUUCAUUUCCGCCCUCUUCGCCCUCCUGAACACGACAAGAUCGCUCGACCAACAGAACGCCUCGAUGUCGCCUUAGCGACUCCCACAGAGGAGAUAGUGCCGGCUAACGUUGCUCAGGGAUUUUCGGAGGUUCGAAGCCGCGUGAAGGCGUUGUCAGAUGACCGCAAGAGGCCGCAGAGGCCGGGAGAUGAUGUGGUGGUGGUUCCUCUGGGAACCAGUAGUGCUACACCUACCUUGUUGCGGAAUGUCUCGAGUAUCUUGAUUGAGAUUCCCGGGUACGGAAACAUCAUGCUCGACGCUGGUGAGGGUACAUGGAGCCAGCUUGCGCGCCUCUACGGAAAUCAAGAUCGUUCGUGCGGCGUGUGGCAGGUGUUGCGAGAUCUCAAGUGCAUAUUCCUCAGCCACAUGCAUGCUGAUCAUCACGUUGGUCUGGCCAAGAUACUAGCCAUGCGAAAGCUUCUGCACCCACCACCGGCGCAGCCAUUAUAUCUCGUGGGCCUCCGGGAUCAUUAUAACUACCUGCAAGCACAGUCGGAAAUAGAGGACCUUGGAUUGAAAGACGCGAAUGGCGUAAUUAUGGUGCCGUCAGAUGCGUUGCAUUGGCGUCGGCUACCUCAUUUUGACCGGUCUGGAGAUCUCCCCAUCGACACUCAGGCGGCUCGAGCGGCUGCUGAGGACAUGCGCAAUGCGCUUGGACUCGAGUCUUUUGCGACUGUGGAUGUUGCCCAUCAAACGAAGGCAUACGGUGUCGUCAUAAAGCAUAAGGACGGCUGGAGCAUUGUCUUUUCAGGAGAUACACUGCCUACAAAUAACCUAGUACGAGCGGGUCAAGGUGCGACCCUUCUGAUCCAUGAAGCGACCUUGGGAGACGAUGAAGCGGAAAUGGCCCGUGACAAGGCCCACACUACGACCGGACAAGCCAUAGACAUCGGCAAAAUGAUGAAUGCAGAAAACAUUCUGCUGACGCAUUUUUCUGCUCGCUAUCACAUGUUGCUACCGCCUACGCCAGACACGCAAAGGCAUGCUCAAUCCCCAGUAAUUGCAAUGGCCUCCGACCAUUCCAGGGUGAGAAUUGGUGACAUGUGGAAGUUGAACACGUAUUUGCCGGCCAUGGAGGCCAACACCACUGAUGUUCAAGCGAUGAUGUAUCAGGAGCAACCACCAAGCGAAUCGUCAUAG